AUGUUCAGUAUCUUCUCGGUCGUGUAUGGUCUCUUGCUCCUUUGCCUACUCUUCACCUACUUCUUCCAUAAUUUAUUUCUUGCGGGCAAGGUCCCCAAAAAUCUUCCGUGGGUUGGUAUCAAGAAUCAGCCCCUUGGAUGGCUUCGUGCUCUAGCAUACACAAUUCCCACACUACCCGAGGUCCUUCUCGAUGUCCACAAACAGGUUGGUCAGCCUCAUCUCUCUGCGGAGCCAUACCCGUCGCUUCUUGUUGAUGCUAAUGUGGAAUUUCCUGUUCAAGAGCCGUCCUGUGAGCGUCUGCAGCUUGACUACACACUCCCGUUCAUGACCAUCAUAUCACGGCCACUGUACCAUCGGCUUCUGAUCAAAAUCCUUACUCUCAAGGGUGGCUCGGUGGUCGCUGAGAUCUACGACGAGCUGCAACAGACAUGCGACCACGAGCUGGGAUUAGACACCGAGCAGUGGAAGUCAGUAUGUGUGUAUGAUAGCAUGCAGCACAUAGUCCUUACGGCGUCCAAUAGAAUGAUUAUUGGUCCUCCAUUGUGCCGAAACAAGAGAUAUCUUACUACUAUAUGUCGCUAUGCUCAACUUAUCUUCCCAAUUGGAGUAUUGGUGCGAUCAUUUCCAUUAUUUGUUCGACCUGUUGUUGGACGGGUCUUCGGGAUACCAGCUCUCUAUCUCUUCGCCCAAUAUAAAAGAUAUAACCUUCCUGUCAUCAAGCAACACCUCGCCAAUAUUGACCAUGCUGCCGUUGAUGCAAACCAUGAGUUCACACCUCUGAAUACCUUCCUCACAUGGUACAUUGAAGAAGCUCGAAAGACUCCCCAGGCUAGAGAAAUCACAAAACCGGAAACUAUUUCUUCCAUGCUCAUGGCAGUCAACUCUGCCGCGGUCUUUAGCGGUACCAUUAUAGGCACAUACAUUUUGUUCAAUAUACUGGCAUCUGAUCCGGAACAUGGAACCAUUGAGAACCUUCGGAAUGAGAUUGAACGCGUCCUAGCAGAUGCAAAUGGAGAAUGGAGUAAAGCUACAUUGGCCAAAAUGUAUCGCCUUGACAGCGUGUUACGUGAGACACUUAGGUUCGACCCUCUUGAUGCGCUGACCUUGCAACGGAAGGCCAUGAAAGAUGUCGUAACCGAGGACGGUCUGCUAUUAGAACGGGGAACAAAUGUUGCAAUUUCUUCCUACACCAUUCACAGGGAUGAGGAGAACUAUCCUAGCGCCGAAGUAUUCGACCCUUUUCGUUUUUCAAGGGCCACCGAUGAGCGAUCCUCGAGGGAUAGCUCUUCGUCCAUCACUCCCUCGGAAACAUAUCUACCUUUUGGUCAUGGACGACAUGCAUGCCCUGGUCGCUGGUUUGCUCGCAUGAAGCUCAAGCUACUCGUCGCUUAUAUAUUCAUGAACUAUGACAUCCAGCCAGUUGCCCCCAAACCCCGAGGCUUCUGGGCAGCGACGUUUUAUCUGCCUCCGACGAAGGCCAGAAUCAUGGUCCGAAGAAGAGCCAAGAAUGCAUGA